AUGCCAGCAACCCGCAAGUCGUCCACCCGCGGCGCCGCCGCCCGAGCUGCGGCAAGCAAGCAGCAAUCCACUCUCAGCUUCAACCACAAAGUCACCAAGACUGGCACCGCCAAAUCAGGCAAGAAGGAUAAGCUCUCUACUCCCACGCCCGCAAAAGUCGAGCAGCAACCCCAAGCCCAAUCCCCUACGCAGGAGGAUGUGGAGGACUUUCAGGUCGAGAAGCUAGAGGAAGUGCUGCCAACACAGCCGGUGCCCGAGCUCGAGAAGAGCGAGGCGGAGCUGAGCGCAGAGAAGGUCACCGAUGCACAAAUCAAGCGCUACUGGAAGGGGGUCGAGGCCACGCGCAUUGCGAAGCGAGUGCACCAGGAUGAUCUGAGCCAGGCGGAGAAGGUGCUGCGAUACUUCGACGUCAGCUCACAGUACGGACCGUGCAUCGGUAUCCCCCGCGCAAAGCGGUGGCACCGCGCUGAGAAGCUGGGUCUGAACCCCCCGAUAGAGGUCCUGGCCGUGCUGUUGAGGGAGGAGGAGCGGGGGAACAAGGAGAUUGAGAGGGCCGCCAUGGACCGGCUCAUGGAGUCAACGGCUAUAGGUAGUCUCUAG